AUGUGCAGUACAGAAUUGUAUAACUCGAUUGAAACUAUUUCUACACCUAGUAGAAAUUUUAGAUAGGUUUAAAUAAUUAUUAUUUUUAUUUGCGAAUAAGUAGUAUAUACCACAAAUAAAUUCAAUUAAAAGACAUUUCCUAGAAUUGUGGUAACCUACAAUUUUUCAAUAAUAAUCUAUGAAUAAAAUAAUAAUUUCAACAUGAAUAUAUUAAAUAUAAACAUAUUAUUGAAGACAUAAGAAUUUACUUUACUUCACAGGAAGAACCAAUCUUUGAAAAUAUUUCUUUCUGCUAAACAAGAUUUCAUUAAAAAUUAUUACCAGUUACAAAUUGCAAAUAAAGUGAGCCACUCAUAUGCUAAGAUGACUAAGUAUAUCAUACAGAAGAUAGUUUUUUUCAUCUAUUAUUGUAUAUCAUCUUAUUCAGUCUUCGGAAAAAAUGUACAAACAAUGAAUAAUCCUGCUUACUUUAAUAUUGGAGGAAUGCUUUCUAAUGAUAAAAGUGAAGCCUACUUCAAUGAAACAAUAGAUAAUUUGAACUUCGAUUCUCAAUACGUGAAUAAAGGUGUUACUUAUGGACAUGUAGUUAUAGAAAUGAACUCAAACCCAAUUAUAACAGCAUUAAAUGUUUGUAAACAUCUUAUAUCGAAAAGAGUUUAUGCAAUAAUAGUAUCCCAUCCACCUACAGGUGAACUAUCACCUGCUGCUGUCUCUUACACCAGUGGAUUUUACCAUAUUCCAGUAAUUGGUAUUUCUUCCCGAGAUUCAGGAUUUUCUGAUAAGAAUAUCCACGUUUCUUUUCUUCGCACUGUACCACCUUAUUCACACCAAGCAGACGUAUGGGUAGAAAUACUGCGAUAUUUUAAUUAUAUGAAAGUUAUAUUCAUCCACAGUUCGGAUACCGAUGGUAGAAGUUUACUUGGAAGAUUUCAAUCAACUUCUCAAAUUUUCGAAGAUGACAUUGAGAUAAAAAUACAGGUCGAACAUGUAAUAGAAUUUGAACCUGGUGUAAAAAACUUCAACAAUCAGUUACUGGAAUUGAAAAAUGCUCAAUCUAGAGUUAUUUUAUUAUAUGCAUCAGCUCAGGAUGCUGAAAUAAUUUUUGAUAAUGCAUCAAACUUAAAUAUGACAAGAGCUGGGUAUGUAUGGAUAGUGACGGAACAAGUUCUCGUUUCGAAAAAUAUUCCUGGAGGAAUUAUAGGUUUGAAGCUGAUAAAUAUGACUGAUGAAAGGAACCAUAUAAAGGAUAGUCUAUAUGUUUUGGUAUCUGCAUUAAGAGAAAUGAAUGGAACAGAAAGUAUCACAGAAGCUCCUCAAGAUUGUGAUAAUUCUGGCAUGAUUUGGGAAAGUGGAAAAAAAUUAUUUGAGUACAUAAAAAAGCAAAUUUUAGACCAUGGAACAACUGGUCGAAUCGCUUUUGAUGAUAAUGGAGAUCGUAUAUUUGCUGAAUAUGAUGUAAUGAAUACAGAAUCUUUUGGAGUUGUGAAAUCAGUUGGACGAUAUUACUAUGCAGAGGACGCAGGAAAAAUGAAACUUCUUUUAAACGAAUCCAAUAUAACUUGGCCAGGUAAUGUGAAAUCCAAGCCCGAAGGAUUUCUUAUUCCUACACAUUUAAACGUACUUACGGUUGAAGAAAAACCAUUUGUUUAUGUAAGAAAGUCGAAUAAUUACGGCUGUAAUCAAGAUGAAGUUCUUUGUCCAAAUUAUAAAUCCAUUGAUGGAAAUGAAGGUAGAAUUAUAAACUGUUGUAGAGGAUAUUGCGUUGAUCUACUAAAAGAACUAUCAAAAACAAUAAACUUUACCUACAGUUUAAUGCUGUCUCCAGAUGGACAAUUUGGAAGCUAUAUCUACAAAAAUAAUUAUACUGGUAAAAAAGAAUGGACCGGUGUUAUCGGAGAAAUAGUUCAAGAGCGAGCAGAUAUGAUAGUCGCUCCAUUAACAAUUAAUCCUGAACGAGCGGAAUUUAUAGAAUUCAGUAAACCAUUCAAAUAUCAAGGUAUCACCAUUUUGGAAAAAAAGCCAUCACGAUCUUCAACGUUAGUGUCAUUUUUACAACCAUUCAGCAAUACAUUGUGGAUAUUAGUCAUGGUUUCUGUGCACGUUGUAGCUUUGGUUUUAUAUUUACUUGAUCGAUUUUCACCAUUUGGAAGAUUUAAAUUAGCCAAUAUGGAUGGAACAGAAGAAGAUGCUUUGAAUUUAUCAAGUGCAAUUUGGUUUGCAUGGGGUGUUCUAUUAAAUAGUGGCAUAGGAGAAGGUACACCUCGAAGUUUUUCAGCACGAGUCUUGGGAAUGGUUUGGGCUGGAUUUGCCAUGAUCAUAGUUGCUUCUUAUACUGCGAACUUGGCGGCUUUCCUUGUAUUGGAACGCCCGAAAACUAAACUGACUGGAAUCAAUGAUGCCAGGCUGCGAAAUACAAUGGAAAAUCUUACUUGUGCUACCGUCAAAGGAUCUGCGGUAGAUAUGUAUUUCAGAAGACAAGUAGAAUUAUCAAACAUGUAUCGCACAAUGGAAGCAAAUAAUUACAAUACGGCUGAAGAAGCAAUUAGAGACGUCAAAAUUGGAAAACUAAUGGCUUUUAUUUGGGAUAGUUCACGACUGGAGUUCGAAGCAGCUCAAGAUUGUGAGUUAGUAACAGCUGGAGAACUUUUCGGAAGAUCUGGUUACGGUAUUGGAAUGCAAAAGCGAUCACCUUGGACCGAUGCUGUAACGCUUGCAAUUUUAGAUUUUCACGAAAGUGGAUUCAUGGAGAGUCUGGAUAAUUAUUGGAUAUUACAAGGAAAUUUACAGCAGUGUGAACAAUUUGAAAAAACUCCCAAUACACUAGGUCUCAAAAAUAUGGCUGGCGUUUUCAUAUUGGUUGGUGCCGGUAUUAUUGGUGGAAUUAUGUUAAUCAUUAUCGAAAUGGCAUAUAAAAAACAUCAAAUUCGCAAACAGAAAAAAGUAGAACUAGCUAAACAUGCUGCUGAUAAAUGGAGAGGAACCAUCCAGAUGCGGAAAACUAUGAGAUCAUCAUCCGAAACAAGAUGUAUACAUAUUAAUGGUAUCCAUGAUAGCUCAUCGAUCACUGUAGAUGAAAACACACAAAAUCUUAAAAUAAUCCAAUCUCCAGGACAAGCUUGGCCAGGAGACAAUGAUUUGAAAAUAACUAAUGCUUAUAAUCUAGAAUCAAUCAAAUCAAGUUCUGAAUCUAAAUUAUUUUGAGAGAAAAUCUAGUCCGCCUGUUAUAUAAUACAUAAAUAAUUUAAUUUAGGUGAUACAUUCAGUGUUAUGGUCAAUUCCGAUUGACAUCUUGCUGCUUUUAACAAAUCUAAAUUUAUUGUCUUGGAUAUUCAAUUUUCACUAUGAAAUGAGAUGCAAGACAAAAGCAUAUUAUUUCAGGACAAAUGUUGAACUAAUGAUUUUAGACAGUAGUAAUAAUUUACAAUAAUUUAUCUGGGAACAUUGACAGUUUUGAAAAUAUAUAAUUCUCUUCAGUUAUACACACAUACACACAAACACACGCACGCACACAUAUAUAAUUUAUAUUUCUACUUAUGUAUGUUUAAAUAAAUAAUAAUGUAAUUUUUGUGAUACAGUAAUGUAUAACCAGAAAAAAAGCGGUGAUCUUUUAUAAUCGUUGCUCACUGGUAUGUCAUGGUUAAAAAAUUUUAUUCAAGAAUUAUUAUUUUUUAUUCAAGUUGCAUAGGUGAAUAAACUACU